AGAGCAGCAAAUUCUGUACCUAAUGAGCCUAAAACACAGUUUUGCAACUAUAGGUAAGUGGCUCAAAAAAAAGAAGAACAAAAGUGGCUGGUUUUAUCUGGUCCACCCGUUAUUAGCUGAAUUUGAAAAACUUUGAAGAGUUGUCUGCAAGUCUUUUUUACCUGUUUUUAUUGAUUUUUCCUCGAUUCAAGUGAAUCCAAAAUAAUUUUUCGAGUCCAUGUUCUUAAAAGUUUGAGUUCAGUCCAGUCCAUACGGAGCUCUGGUAUACGCUCAUUUAUGGAACUGUUCGGAAAGACGGUACCGCACUGCAACGAUCUUUCAAAGUUCGUAGAAAUGAACAUGUCCAAAAGAGUCAUUAAGACCAGCAUUUAUUUAAACUAUUAUAUUUAGCUGAGAGUGAAUAUCCUAAUUUAGAAAGUGUUGUUGAUGAUUUAAUGAUUGCUUUACUUGGAUAUUUGGGCUUGAAUGACAAUAAUUUAUUAGUAAUGUGA